AUGAAGAUAUUCGAAGAUGGAGGUGAUCGGUGUCUUAAAAAAACGAUCAAGAUUAAAAAACGGCCACCACGAUGCCAUGAUGACAACGACGAUGAAGAUGAUGAUGGGGGGUGUGUUCAGGAGAAAAAGAAGCCGAGGAUGAAGAAGAUGAUGGAUAGGGCAAGGUGUCCGUCUCCCCAUGCAACGCCAGAGCUCCCUGUCAUCCUCAGGAAUCGGAUCAAGAUACGACAAAGUUUCCUCACACUUGAAGAGAACGAGAGGUUGAACUCAGGAGGAAACGGAAAAAAAUGUGUAGAUAUGGAAGUGAUGUUGAUUGAGCCCUCCCUUCAUCGGGAAACCAUCAGUCUGAGGAAGUGGAACAUGAAGAAAGCUUCUGGAAAUUCUACCUCAAUGUAUGUGUUGGUGACUAAUUGGAAAUCGGUUACGGAAAGGAAUAGCAUGAAGGAAGAUGAAACGGUGCAGCUUUGGUCUUUUCGAAUCAAGUCGAAGUUGGGUUUCGCUCUUGUAAAGAGAAGACUACAAGAUGAUCUUAGGAAUUGUUCAUUAAGGGGUACCCUGGAUAGCUGA